UCUGCGCGCCGCCCGUGCGCAGGCGAGCUGAGGAGCGGAAGUGGGGAGGCGGGGCUAAGCCGGGACCAGCGAGCGGAAGAGACUGCGGCGGCGGAGAGCGGCACCCACACCGUGUGGCGGCGGUGAGUCCCGGCCAGCCCGAGCUGCACGUUCCAGCCCCGGGAAACGCCAGGAAAAACGGAAGGACCUGGGAUUCCCGAGCAGUCGCCGGUGACUGCUGCUCCCCUGCCGUUGCCGCGGCGGAGGCUUCCGCACUCGCCGCUGAAGACGCGGCUCUGACAGGCCUAGAGGCCUAGGCGCGGCCCUCCGAGCCCGACGUGUUGCCGCCGGUGCAGCUGUGAGUAAUCCGAGCGCCCUCUCCACGGCCGUUUACCGAUUAAAAUGGAGGAAAUUUCCUUGGCUAACCUGGAUACUAACAAGCUGGAGGCCAUCGCUCAGGAGAUAUACGUAGACCUGAUAGAGGAUUCUUGCUUGGGCUUCUGCUUUGAGGUGCACCGGGCAGUCAAGUGUGGCUACUUCUACCUGGAGUUCGCAGAGACUGGUAACGUGAAGGAUUUUGGCAUUCAGCCAGUUGAAGAUAAAGGAGCGUGUCGCCUCCCGCUUUGCUCCCUUCCUGGAGAAUCUGGGAAUGGGCCUGAUCAGCAGCUGCAACGCUCACCUCCAGAGUUCCAGUAGCCGCCACGUGAGAGUCUGAGGGUAACCAGGACAAUAACAUAGACCAGUCCUGUGGUUUUGAGAAGUUAGGUAGCCAAGUAGGAAAAAAAAAAAAAAAAAAAUCAGACAAAAGUCCCAAUUCCCAUUGAAGAUCCUAUCCUUUAAAAACCCGAAGUGAAGAAUUUAGGAAUUCAGAUCCUUGUAUUACGUUGGGUCAGCUUUGAAAUCCUGAUAAGGAGGAGCUGUACUAUGGAUCCAGCUCACCGUGCCGCGGUUGAUUUCUAGUGCACAAGAACCCUGUACUGUCCCCAGUGCGCAGGUGAGCAGCUGUGCACCCAGCAUAUAACGUUCUUUGGUUCCUCAGCCUUUCUGUCUGCCUGGUAUCAAGGGCUUUCUGGGUAACUGACAGUUUGGACAUAACUGAUGGACAGGCCUUUAUCGUUGGGCCGCAGUGGGACACCUCUGCUCUCUCAACCUUGGGUUUCUUCAAGACAGAUCAAGUCAGUGAUGAGAGCUGGAUACUAGGCAUUCCAGUCUAGGCAAACUAUGAAAAAAUUCCUGGCCGAAUCUGUAGGAGAAGCUCUGUGGUCUUGACUGCAACGAGAAGAAAAGCUCAAAGUCACCAGUUUCCCAAAGGUCCAGCGUUUAAAAAUGACGUCAACGGACUUGGGGACUUGGGCUAGCAUCUUGCUGAAAAGGGCCCUCUUUCUUGCACCGCGUCUAGUGGCAUAGGCUUAGCAGAUGGACACCUUGGUUUUCCAAGCAGGCUGAGGAUUGAGUAAUGAUCCCUUGGGGAGGUUAGCAGGGCCUUCUGCAACUAUGCACGAUCUUUCAAACUGCAAGAUUCUUAACUGGAUGUAUUAUGCUGUGGACAGCAGUUCAGUGGGGCGUUUUCCUACUCAAGUCACUAGUUACCUUGCCAGUCUGUGGGUCUAACUUGGUUAUUAUGCCAGGUCACUACCUGCCUCCCACUUUCAGGACAGAAGUGAACUAUGGAAAGCAUCAUGGCUAGCCAGGAGGCUGAGCUUUCAAAGUUGAGCCCAAAGGGGACCUUUUCCAACUGUAGUCAGUAAUGUGCUGGGAGCCAAGGAGCAAUAUUGGGUCAUCUUUCAUCUGACUGUGCGGUAUCCUAUCGAACACCCCUGUUCCUUGGGUUGGGCAGUCACAGAGUUUUGUUGUGGUGAACAUCUAGACAGUCACCACCUGCCUCUCACACGGGGCAGUGUUUUCCACUCAGUCCCCUUUGGACUUUCUUGACAACAAGAGCUGUCCUUUUGUUGCUUGAAGGACAGGACCUUUCAAGGAAAGAACCCCCAGAAAUCCCCUGGUUUUAGAGAAUGGGGUAGGGGAGGAUGGGAACUGUGAGCUGUGUAUCAAAACUACUCUCCACUUGACUCCCUGAUUGAAGUUUAUGCUGUGUAGAGGGGUGGGAGCCCCCAAGGUGAGCGGGAACGGUGCUGCUUUAUUUGAAAUGUUUUCUUACCUCAUUCUGUGCUCCAGUAAGGGGCCCAGCCUCAUUUUUCUGGCUUGGCCCCACAUCCUCCAGUCCCUGCUCCACUGCCUAUCUGGUGCAGCUCAUCACCCCGGGUGCUGCCUGCCACUCUUAAUUCACGCUGACCAGUUUUAGUUUAUCUCUUGAUUUUCUGGCUUCUGAAGCCUGCCCAGUUUCCCUUUCCUUGACUUCUUUUAAGUUUGUUUUGUUUUUGUGUUUGUGAGAGAGAGCAGAAUCUUUCUCAUGGCUCCCUCUAUUGGGGUUGGGAUGGGAGGAGAAAGUAAUUUUUUUGUAUAUGAUAAGCAGUGUCAUACCUAAGCAUUUCUCCCGUAGGACUGCCUUGCUGGUAUGCCUUCCAGCUGGGUCUUACUUUCUGAGAAGUUUUAUCUUCCCACCUCCACUUGGAUAUUGCCUCUAGGACCUAAGCAGAAAAGCAGUAAAGGACUGACACACAGGAAUGGAGUAGGUCCUGAUCCAUUUUCUUUAACGCUUGCUGUGCAUGUAUCCUUCCUUAUCCCAGAAGGAACUGUUCGGACUGUUCCUUGGACUGAUUUGGGUUACACACUCUACAGGGGUAAGGAAAGCAUAGUAAUAGGGCCUCGAGGCUGUUUAUUAUUGCAUUCUCCCUCUAGAGUUGUCCUGCUCAGGGUCAGGGUCUAGCUACAGAUUGGGCUUCCAGAAUUGUAAUAACUGUUUAAAAAGUCAGACCUUGGCAAGAACUAAAAUAAUUUGGAGUUAUAUGCCCUUGACUUUUUAAUAAACAUCUCCUUCUAAGGAGAUGCAGAAGGAAAGGAGGGUCUAAGUGAGACUCUGGCCUAUCAUAUAAUAAUGUCUGGGAAACAGGCUAAACUUAAGGUCAUGGUCCACUCUUACUUCUGAGAGGGAGCUCAGAUUGUGACAUUACUGUUUCCUUUCUGGCCUUUUCUCCUGCUUACAAGGAAGAAUUGGAAAUAGUUUUGAGUAGUGGUUGGUUCACAUUACCUCCCUCUUGGUUUGUUUUGGGUUUUUUUGCCCCCCAUUAUUAGGGCAGUGGCCCCCUGGUUGAGGAUGAGGUGGGCUAGGUCUAACAGGUGCCCUGAGGGGAUAGACUAUUCUCAUUUUGAGGGAGAGAAUUCUCCCUACCAUAUAGUUGACAGUGGUUAGGAACUCUCCCUUUCCUUACCUACCUUUCCUCUUAACAGCAGAAUUCCUGUCCUAAUCUCAUAAAUGUAUUGCUCACCCUGUAAUUCUAUUAUGUAUCUGAGUGUGUAUGUAUUGGGGGGGAGGGGAGGGGUUCUUUACAAAUUUCUGUGGUUUGUGGCUUUUUCUUCCAUACAUUAGUUCCCACCACCGCAUGCCCAGGGGCCACUGCCUGGCGUUAUCGCAUGCUGGGAUCAUUGGGGAAGUAUAGUGAAACUCAUUGUCCUUUGUUUUGAAGAGUCUUAUUUUUGCAUAAGUAGUCCAUCCUAUACAGAUUGCUAACUAACUGUGUAUUCCCCUUGCCCCUAUGGCUGCUGGUGUAAAUAAACUGCAUCUCCUCAUUGGUAAAUGAUGACAAUAAACAAGAUUUUAAAAAUGA